AUGCCCAAACCUCGUAAGACAUGCACCGAGUGCUCUAUGCGCCGGCAGAAAUGUGACCGUGGAGAUCCAUGUGGUCGCUGUGUCAAGCGAGGGGAUGGUGACAAAUGUUCCCGAGAAUGGCCGGAAGGUGGCUAUGAUCCCAAACUCCAUCGUAUCUAUCCUCGAUCCUCAACGGCGCAAGAUCACAGUCCAGGGGGCACAGCGGGCUCACCUCCUACGGAUGGAGAUAAUGCUUUUGAGAGUGGUAUUCAUCCUUCUCUCAGAACCCCGGCCUCUACAGUCUCAGCCGGCCCUAGUCCUCAGACUCAAUCUCUCCCCAAACCCCGAAAUCGGGCGAGCACCCUGAAGCAUACUAACAAAGCUGGAAAUAAGCCGGAAACAACUUCAGCCAAUUCUGAUAGUGAUACUAUCACUGCAUUAGAUUUCAUAACUUGGGGGCGGCCUAAGCUGUCCGAUUAUGAUCUCAAAGCACUAGAGCUACUGAAGGAACCACAUCAGUCUGGUGGUGUUGCCAAUCGCAUUACAGACGGUGGCCCAGACUGGGAUGUGGCUAACUGUCUUGGAGGCACUGGAGCAGCCCAGAUAUCUUUCUUGCAGAUGCUCCUACCUUCACGCCAGCAAUUAUUUCAACUUGUCGACUAUCAUCUUGGAUCUAUUCUAUGGUAUCAUGGAUGUUUUCAUGGACCCACAUUCUACGAUGAAUUGAAAGAUGUCUACAAGUCCCCAGGUGGUCUCCAGGUCAAAGACACGGAUCUGAGAUGGACAGGCCUUCUUUUCUCGAUCAUGGCAGGGAGCAUGACAUGUGCACAUGAGCAACUGGCACUAUCGUGGGGCUUCAAGAAAAGUGAGCGUGCCAAACUCACAAGGCAAUGGUACAAGGCAACAGUAACGUGCCUCAAUUUGUCAGACUACAUGUGGCGACACCAUGUAUAUUCGGUAGAGGCGAUCCUGACGUUGACCAUGUCUGCACACAUCCUCGGCUUUAGCAAUACACAAAGUACAUUACUCGGGGCGGCAAUGAAAAUUGCUCAAGGACUAGGUCUUCAACGUCUCGGUCCAGAAGACGACGUCAACAGUCUAACGGGGGCAGCGAUUCUCACGACCCAGGCCUCGCGAGAUAAGACCAUCAAAAGAGAAACAGGUCGCAGAUUGUGGGCUCAACUUUGCAUUCAGGAUUGGUUCUCGAUCCCCUUCUCUGAAAUGUACUCGAUUCAGAAACUUCACUUCACCACUCUCAAACCAAUGCACUGCGACGAACACACGAUGCAACCUCUACUGGAAAACUCACCCAGCAUGACCAGCUUCCCCAACUUCCUCCUAUCCUUUGCCGAACUAAUGCCGCAGAUCCACGACGCCAUCGUCUCCUCCAACACGCUGUAUACCAAAUACGAGCAAGUGCUCGAGUACGACGCCAAGAUCCGCACGAUGGCCACGGAGGGACUCCCCAAGUUCUUCGCACCCAACGAGCCCAUAUCUCCGGAAUGGCCCAACUUCGUCCCCUGGGCACGACGCGGCCUGACGAUCUGUUUCGCCCACAAGAUCAUCAUGAUCCACCGCGCCUUCCUGGGCCGCAGCUUCACGGAGCCAGCAUUCGACUUUACACGGCGGACGUGCAUGGCGGCAGCCAAGACGAUCCUGAAGGAAGCGAACCAGGCGUACGACGAAGAAGGACCGCUGCUCUGGAUCGACCAGGCAUUCAUGGUCGCCGCCGGCAUCACACUAGCGCUCGACACCUUCCACCGCACGAGGAACGACCCCCAGCACGACGAGCACCGCAAGCUCGUCGAGAACACCAUCUCCAUGCUCUCGAAGUUCGAGUCCAGCAUGAUCGCCCUGCGCGGCAUCCGGCUCCUCUCGUCCCUCCUCGCCGAACAAGCCCGCCUGUGCGCCGACCAGCGCCUCGAGACGUACCGCAAACGCACCUACGACGCAUCAGUCGGCGCUGGCGGCAGUUCAGGCGACGGAGACCACGGCGCCAGCGUCGCAGCACGGGGCGCCGGGCCCAAACGCCAGAAAUUCAACGUCCCGAAAUUCGUCGAGUCGUUCGUCGGAAACGACUCGUUCACCAACUCCCUGCGGUCCGCGAACCGGAGUGUCGGCGUCGGCAUGGGCAUGGGCAUGGGCAUGCUGGAGCCGUCUUCGACCCUGGACAACGUGUACGGCGGCGCCGAGCUAAAUCUCGACGGCACCCAUACGCCCGUCCCUGUGCAGGAGCCGUUCAUCACGUCGGAUCUCGGCUACGAGACGUUCGAGCAGCUCUUCCCGCCGCACACGGGCAUCAGCAAUAAUUUCCUCUUUGAGGAUUUGUUGAACUUCGAUAUCUGA